UCGAUUUUUUUUUCUUUUUUCGAAAUCACUGCAAGUUUCCAAUUUUCUCUCCCCCUUAACUCUUCAACCCUUCUCCGUCCUUCUUUCCUGCCCAUUCACCUGCAGUUGCAGGCCUGGUAAGUCCUCGCUUCAGCAGGCCACGUCAGGGACCCGCCGCGCAUGACCAUACUCACUCGCUCGCAUACAGCAACGAUGGACCAGAAAGCAGGCGAGACUGACGAGGCCUACGAGGCAUGGCUGGCGGCCAUCAUGACCGACACCAAGCAGCGUGCAGACGCAACGGCAGCAGCACGGAAUAAGAAAGAAGCAGAGGCAGAGAGRCUAUGUCUUCUGGCUGAAGAACAGCGACAGAAGCACGUGGCAGCAGCAGCCAAGGCCGCUGAUGAAGAACGUGUACGGCGACACAAAAUUAUAUUCAGGGAGGAAAGUGCAUUACACGCACAGGCUAGGGAUUGGCAGAUAGAGGCCGAGAACGGCGAUCCCGUUGACGUCGGUAGCAUAGUAUCUCAACUUUUCAACCGUGUCACGGACCUCCUCGCGACUUGCAUCGCACAGCAGGAGGACAUCUACUCCCUCGACCACGCUAACAAGGCGCUGCAACAGUCGUCAGACCAGAUGCUCAAGCGCAUUCAGCAGCUGGAGCAGCAAGUCGCUAACGCCAAUGCCAACGUCGGCCCCUCCGACCUCGUCGACCGCGUCAACGUCUUGGAGAUCGACGUGGGGACACUCAAGGCCGGGGCGCAACAGCACGUCUGUGCCGCACCCAGCUCCAGCACGGCGCCAUGCGAGACCAUUGUCAAGUUUGACGGGCUCCCGAUCUUCUGUGACGCAUUGAAGACGGACCCCAUACAAUGGUGGCACCAGUUCGAACUCAAGCUGGACCUCCACCACGUCGCCAACGAGAAUCGGCAUGCAUAUUUGUACUCCCGCUCGGGAGGCGCAUGUCAGGCAUGGUUGGACAACAUGCUGUCCGCCCAUGCAUGUACAGUCACCGAGUUGCACAAGUACAUCACCUGGGCGGAUCUCACGACGGCAUGGAAGAAGCGCUUCCAAGUAGAACCGCCCGAGCACAAGGCGAUGGACAAGCUGCUGACAUUUUCGCAGAACAACAUGCCAAGCGGAGACUGGAUUUCCGAGUUCCAACACCUCGCAAGCAUGCCCAAGCUGCCGCUGAACUUCGACGGCAUCAAGCUUUAUUUCGUCAAGAGGUCGUGCCCGACGUUGCAGAAUGUGUUGACUCAUGUCGCCGACACCCUCACUACAAGCGAGGAACUCUUCAACAAGGCCGCGCAGAUCAUUGUGACGAACUUGGCAGCCUGGAAUACGGGCCCCUUGUCAAUUGCCGGCCAGAGCGCCCACCAUCAUCGGCCUAAAGUGGCCGUGGUCGCAGCGGCAACGACUAGCGACCCUUCUACUUCAAACGAGGCUGUUUCGUCUGACGAGGGAGACAGACUCGCAGCUGCCCAGAAUGGUGGCCGCCCCGCCAAAGGACGAGGACGCGGCAAGCCGAAGACCAACACCAAUACUUCUUCUAGGCCCGGGCAAGCAGCUCCAGCUCAAGGACCUUGGAGAGCGUACAGGCUGACGGAGCGCGGGUAUCGCAUCUCGAUUCGGCCGCAAGAUCGCUACAAGACUGCGUUUAAGACACGGUACGGGCACUUUGAGUGGGUUGUUAUGCCUUUUGGACUCACCAACGCCCUGGUGAGUUUUCAAGCGGCUAUGACCAACGAGUUCCGAGCAAUGUUGAACCGGUUCGUGCUGGUCUACUUGGACGACAUCCUCGUCUAUAGCCGGACCUUGGAGGAACAUCUUGACCAUCCUCAACGAGUGUUGGAGACACUCCGGCGCACCAAGUUCAAAGCCAACAGCGACAAGUGCGAGUUCGUGCGUCAAGAGUUGGAAUACUCGGGUCACUUCGUCACUCCACAAGGCAUUAGUCCGUUGUCGAGCAAGAUUCGAGCUGUCCAAGAUUGGCCGGAGCCACGGAACGUCACGGAUGUCCAAUCAUUCCUUGGCCUCGCCGACUACUACCAACGCUUCAUGAAAGGCUACUCGAAGAUCGCGGCUCACUUAACCAAGCUUCAAUGCGAGGACCGACCGUUUGACUUUGGGAUGGACGCGCGGGAAUCAUUCUUGGCCCUCAAGGCCGCAUUGCUUUCCGUGGAGGUAUUGCGGAUAUACGACCCGCUAUUGCCAACGCACGUCACCACGGACACAUCCGGCUAUGGCAUUGGUGCCGUCCUUGAGCAACAUGACGGCGUGGAUUGACACCCGUUCAAAUAUUUCAGCAAGAAAGUGCCGGCCGUGCACUCCAUCGA